GUUUCUUUGUGCACAUCAUCUUCAGCAGCUGACUGCCCACCACCAGAAUUGUCAACACUGCUUGGAAUGCUAGUGUGGAAUCUGAUCUUUGUUGAAGUUGCACCAUAUUCACUGAAACCUCAAAAGAAUUGUAAUGGCACAGAAGUGGGACCAAGAGCUUGGAACUUACGUGCAAAGCGAGAAGUCCGCUUGAAGCCGGAAGAGCAACAGAGAAAUAGUCCAGCACUUAACGGAAUUGGAGGUCCAUGGCCUAGCAUUCAACAACCACCAUGGAGUGCUGGUGGCAACUUUCAGCAGUUUCAGCCAUGGAAUUUUGGUGGCAGCGGUCAGCAGCCUCAGUGGAACGCUGGUAGCAACAAUCAGCAACCACCGUGGGCUGGUGGUGAUAACAAUCAACAGCAACCGUGGUAUGGUAUCAGUGGCAACCAACCGUUCGGUGACCCACAGCGACCCUGGUACAUUAGCACUAAUCAGCCACAGUGGGGUUGGAAUCAAGGACCUAGCUGGAGCGGGCAAAACCAAAAUCCCUGGAACACCGGUUACAACAGCUGGAACCCAUGGAAUAACGGUGAACCUAAUUACGGCUGGGGUAGUGUCAGCCCUCCACACAGCUGCACAUGCGGUUUUCCUGGUCCAUAUGACAGCUUUUCUACGUACAAUAACGGACCUUAUGGACCACCCAGUCCGAAUAACCCCAAUAAUCAACCUAACGUGGUCAGUCAGACACCAAAACCUGACAAGGAUAAGAAUGAGAAAAAAUCCGGUCGCAAGAAAAAAAGAAAAAACCAUUGA